AUGAAGAAAGCUGAGGACACUGAAAUGACACGGGAGCAGAUGAAGAAAGCUGAGGACACUGGAAUGACACGAGAGCAGAUGAAGAAAGCUGGGGACACUGAAAUGACAUGGGGGCAGAUGAAGAAAGCUGGGGACACUGGAAUGAAACGAGAGCAGAUGAAGAAAGCUGAGGACACUGGAAUGAAACGAGAGCAGAUGAAGAAAGCUGAGGACACUGGAAUGAAACGAGAGCAGAUGAAGAAAGCUGGGGACACUGGAAUGAAACGAGAGCAGAUGAAGAAAGCUGGGGACACUGGAAUGACACGAGAGCAGAUGAAGAAAAUGAAGAAAGCUGAAAACACUGGAAUGACACGAGAGCAGAUGAAGAAAGCUGAGGACACUGGAAUGACACGAGAGCAGAUGAAGAAAGCUGGGGACACUGGAAUGAAACGAGAGCAGAUGAAGAAAGCUGAGGACACUGGAAUGACACGAGAGCAGAUGAAGAAAGCUGAGGACACUGGAAUGAAACGAGAGCAGAUGAAGAAAGCUGGGGACACUGGAAUGAAACGAGAGCAGAUGAAGAAAGCUGGGGACACUGGAAUGACACGAGAGCAGAUGAAGAAAGCUGGGGACACUGGAAUGAAACUAGAGCAGAUGAAGAAAGCUGGGGACACUGGAAUGACACGAGAGCAGAUGAAGAAAGCUGGGGACACUGGAAUGACACGAGAGCAGAUGAAGAAAGCUGGGGACACUGGAAUGACACGAGAGCAGAUGAAGAAAGCUGGGGACACUGGAAUGACACGAGAGCAGAUGAAGAAAGCUGGGGACACUGGAAUGACACGAGAGCAGAUGAAGAAAGCUGGGGACACUGGAAUGAAACGAGAGCAGAUGAAGAAAGCUGGGGACACUGGAAUGAAACGAGAGCAGAUGAAGAAAGCUGGGGACACUGGAAUGAAACGAGAGCAGAUGAAGAAAGCUGAGGACACUGGAAUGACACGGGAGCAGAUGAAGAAAGUAUAUUUAGAUGUUUGCAGUGUCAAUAAUGACAGUUUAGUGCUGUACAUAACCUUGACCAGUAAAGCAAAAAUCAUGGCGCCUGAGACCAUGAAGAAAUAG